CCUUGUUGAAAGUGCCUUAAUUUAUCUCGUUUUUACGAGAUGAAAAUUUUUCUUGCUACAGGUUUGUUUUUGAGAAGAGUCAUUGGCAUGGUAUGUACUGUGCCAGUGGGGAUAAUCAGUUGUGUUUGUAGACUUUAUGAUGUAUUUUUUAACUAUACCAGUGUCAAGUGGUCCGUAUUAUUAUACUAUGCAAUCAGAACACCGUAUGCUUCCGCAGUAUGUGCAGCCGGGAAGUAUCAACCACCAGUAUACCCAUCCAACUGUAACCCAACCUUCCUUACAUUUUUCACCUCCUUCGUCUUCACUGCCUAUCUUUUACAUCGACAUUAACCCCCUUGUUGUUUCCUUAUAUUGCCACUCUGCCAGUAUUGCUAGCAAUCUAAUCCAGACUAUCCCUAGUCUCCCAAGAUCAACUAUAACAUGUGAACCGUGUGUCAAAUCAGACGACAGGCAUCUCACCGGAAUUAUGGAAUCUCAAGCCAUGGAUGUAUAGUAUGUUUCUGAGACGUAUACGUAUAAGUAGACAGACCGAUAAUGUCCACAUGAGACCCUAGUACUAUUUCGUAGUGGUCCAGUUUGCCGCACCUGAUAUC